AUGUACGCAGAUUUAAAUUUGCCAGCGGUGUACACGCAUAAUGAACCAUUGAGGAAGGAGAAGAAGAACAAAGCCAAUAAAACGAGUGCAGCGAGUACACCGAGUACACCCACAGCACCCACAAUAGACACCACACAGCUAAAAUCGCUUGAAUCUCGUACACGUACCCUCAUUCACUUGGGUUAUUCUGUAGCUGGUUACGAUCAUUAUGUGAAAAAUUUCACCCACUCAAACCACAACAAUCCAUUCACAAAUUCACAGCCGCUAUUCCCAGGGCUAGAUACGCGUAGCUCACACAAUCCACGCACUCUAAUCCAAUUAAGCAGACUUACAGUUGAGUUGGAUGAAGCGGGUGAUGCAACCAAGCAGUUGGGACAAGGUGCAGUGGGCGUGUUGAACGCGUACGAUUUACUCGCAGUCAAACCCACGGGCCCAAUCACAUUCAAUCACGCCUGUUUGAAUAUGUGCACUCCUUCUCCAUUCGCUGUGCACAUAAUUCAGCUCGAUCUUGCUGCUCACUCUCGUCUCCCUUUCUUCCUUAAGCGCUCCACUCUCGGUAAGGCUAUCGCUGAUGGCGCUUUCUUUGAAGUUUGCUAUGGUGGUGCACUCGACGGUGGUGAUGAUUACGCUAGAAGAAAUCUAAUCGCAAAUGUUAAAGAGUUGCUUAGAGUCACAAGCGGUAAAGGAAUCAUAUUCAGUAGCUGUGUUUCUAACGCACUCCAUUUACGCUCACCUGGUGAUAUUAUUAACUUGGCUACAGUAUUUGGAAUGAAUCAAUCUGUUGCUAAGAAGACACUUACAGAUAAUCCAAAGACGGUUAUAAACAAUUCAAACUCGCGGCGGCUGUUUAAGGGAAUCUUGAGUGAUCCAAUUAUCCAUCACCCAAGUAAUUCUGCCAAGCGUGCAAGUGAUAGUACAGAUAUUAUAGAUAACUCAAAUAACACACCCAACACCUCUAAAAACCCACCAAAGAAGAAGAAGCAAGUGUAG